UGACAUUUACUAAUAAACUGUGUACAAUCGUAUAGUUUGAUUCCACCUCGCAUCAAUAUUAAAAGUUUUACUUGAAUACUGUUUUUGUCAUAUAAAUAAUCGAUUAUCUUGCUGAUCGGUUUUAGAAUGCCUAAAGUUGUGUCGAGAAGUAUCGUUUGCUCUGAUUCCAAAGAUCAGGAAGAAUACAAUGACACUGGUCCAUUAAACAUCUACUAUUGUCUGUGCGGGCAGAUGAGUUUGAUUCUCGAUUGCAUCGUGGAGAAACUUCCCCUGCGUCAGCUGGACGGAGCUCGCGUUAUCGAUACGGCUAAGCACGCCAACAAAAUCACCGCUGAACCGGGUGAAACCAUUUUCAUUCGACGCCCGGCUGGAAUCGAGAAGCAGCAUCGAUUCAAGUGCAAGAAAUGCUCCCUUCCGCUGUACUAUCGACACUCUGCCGAUACCCAGGUCACGUUCAUCAUUCGGCGGGCGCUGGUAAAGUCUAAGAGUGACACCCGGAUUACGGAGAUGUUCAAACCGGCCCUGUCGACGACAGCGACGGCGGCUUCGUCCUCCUCCUCGAGUGAACCGAAGAAGGUCAUGGUCACAAAGCACACCAAAAACAUGGGCAAAUUCAGUUCUGUCACAGUUAGUACAAUCGACGAGGAAGAGGAUGAAAUCGAGGCCCGCGAGGUGGCUGAUAGUUAUGCCAACAACGCACGAAUUAUCGAGAAGCAGCUUGAACGCAAAGGCGGAAAGUCCAACGAAACAGUCAUCAAGGAGAAGUGUGAACCUCCACCGGGCAAAAAAGCGAGAGGAACCCUGCUUGAUGUGUAACACUUUAUCUAACUUUAUAUGAAAAAUUCAAUAAACAUGAACAAGUUCUUCAUAAGUA